GUUAGUGUCUCGGGGGCCAAUCAGGCUGUGAGGACAUGCUAUAAAAGCAGAGUGUGCUAUUAUCAAGAAGCAAAUGAGAACGAUGGCUCCUCUCAAACUUCUCCUUCUCAUGCUGUGGCUUGGUCUCGCUACGAGCUCGGAGCUGCAUCGUCAGAGGAGACUCAUUGGAGGUGCAACGUGUGGACCAACCGAGCGUCGCUACCAUGUGAAACUGGAGGCAAGAGGUGGAGGACGUACAUCCCACUGCGGAGGCUCUCUGAUCAGUCCCCAGUGGAUUCUCACUGCAGCUCACUGCUGGAAACCCGGAUGGACCAUGUCUGCAACCGUAGGAGUUCACCCGGGUCCAGGAGAGCAGCCGCAAGUCAUUACUGAACAUCACAUCUUUCAGGACCAAAAUCGGAGGAGUCAUGACAUCAUGCUGCUGAAGCUGCCGAAUCUGUCCACGAUUACACCUGUGGCUCUUCCUGACUGUCAAAAUCUGCUCCCCAUAGGCGCCUCUGUUCGGACGGCAGGAUUUGGUGUUGAUCAGAUGGGCCAAAACAAUGCGAGAAUACGUGGUAGGUCCAACACUCUUCAGUGUGCCAACUUUGACAAUGUGGACUGCACAAGGCUCCGGAACCUUAAGGCCUUCAGUAAUCCUGCCAGACUGUAUCAGCACUGGUUCUGCAUUCAAAGCCCUGGAAAGGAUCUGUGCAAAGGAGACUCUGGUGGAGGUGUGGAGUACGACCACAAGAUUUAUGGAGUCAAUUCCUUCGUCGGUGAUACUUCGCUCGCCUGCACUGAAGCAGCUGGCAUUAUGGACGUUUGCAGUUACAUGAAUUGGAUCAACAACACCAUCAACAACAAUGCAAAUCGCGGUCCUGGCUAAAUGAAUAACGGCAUAUAUUUGAACAUGCUGUGCAUCUGCUCCAACUUCAUUCUUUCCUAAUAUCGAUCUUCCAGAAUAUUGCUUGCUUAUAAAGUCUCAUCAUUACAGCUGUUGUUCUCUCCCGUCUCUCAGUGCAGAUGAAAAUAAAUGGAACUGCUUUGA